AUGGGAAACGUACAGAUAUCCAUAGCAAUAACCAUAGCAGCCAUCUGCGUGAUCGUAGUUUUGUUCGUGAUAUUCUUCACCUUCUUUCACUCCGUUAACUUUUUAAGUUGGGUGCAAGCGUGGAUCUUCUCUAACAAGGAAGAGAUGAUAGGACUAACAAAGCUUAAAGGACACUACAACGCUAAUGGGUAUCUGGUUCACUCCGACUCCGACAUUCAACUGAACUGCGGCACUGGUAGUUUUAAAAGAUUCGAUUCCGUAGAUAGGGAUUUUAGGAUAACAGUAGCCUCUACUAGCUUUAUGGGUGAUGGAUGCGGGACCAAUUACGAGGGAGAGACCUCCAUUCCCCCCCAACCCCUGAGGCCUGCACCUGUGCCUGCCAUGACAUCAUCGCAAUCUACAGAAAAUUCCGUGAUGACUAGAAAAAAUAACGAAGAGACAACAAGAACCAUCGAGACCACAUCAAUAUCCCCCAUCCCCAGGCCCGUAUCAGCAGUCAACGUGGCCAACCUGAUCUCCCAGUCGUCGUUCCCCGUCUGCAUCACGCCCCCGCCCAGUCCCUGCUCACCGGGAAUGGCGCCCAGUCAGCAGGUUCCGUUGGCCCAAUGCGAGGAGGCCGAUGUCAUAUCGGGCGUCUUGAAAAGGGCCAUGUCUUGCGAUAGCAUCUGCUCAGACACUUCCGUUGCCCUGGGGGACCUGGAGAUGUUCAAUGUAACGGGGUAUUUGUGUAUCGGCCUAGAAUAUGACAGCGAAUGCUGGGACCUGGUGGUGAAUGUCUUGGAGGCCAAGGAUCUGUGUGGCGUGGCGAGGAGGGACGACUUCCUGGACAGCUACGUCAGAGUGUCCCUGCUGCCAGACAAAGAAGCCACCAUUCAAACGAAAGUUUAUCGCAGCACGGGCAGCCCCAGUUACAAGGAGAGAUUCCUUUUUUCACUCAACCCCAGGGAACAAUCGCAGAGGCUGCUCUGCUUUCACGUUUACGCUACCGACUUUCUGUCUCACACCCUCAUCGGGGAGGGCGAGAUCCGACUGUCGGAUAUCAGCCUCAGACAGCCCGUCACUACGUGGGUUACCCUUACCGACACCGGACAGAAAGGAACAGAAUUCGGGGAGCUGAUGUUUUCCAUAAGCUACUUACCCACAGCAGAAAGAUUGACCGUAGUUGUAGUUAAGGCUAGAAAUUUAAAAUUUCGGAGCGAUUCUCCAGGAGAGGCCUUCGUUAAAGUUUAUCUGAUGCAACAUGACAAAAAAAUUAACAAGAAAAAGACCUCCACGAAAAAGGGAGAGAGGAGUCCCAUUUUCAAUGAAGCCAUGAUGUUCAGCGUCCCUGCUCACACAUUGUCGACAAUCCAACUGCGACUGACCGUAGCUGAAUCGUCGACCGAAGACAACAACGUGAGUGGCUACCCCAUAGGCCACGUGAUCGUGGGCGCUCAGGCGAGCGGCCGUUCACUCAGCCACUGGAACCAAAUGUUGACUGCCCUUAGGCGACCUGUGGCGAUGUGGCACACUCUCAGGAAAUAG